ACUUAGCAAAAUGAUUAAAAAGAAUUUUAAAUCUAAAAUUAAUAAUGUUAAUUUGAAAGUGGAGCAAAGUAGUGAUAAUGGCACACAUCGAGGAAGGUUACCAUCGAAAAGAAAAUUUUCCAAACGCCUUAACGAGCCUGCUAAAUCCGGAUAAUCAACCCAUCAAUAAUGGCCCGAAAUUCGGCAAAAGGCACAUUCAAACCGCCAUUUUAACACUGGUAAUGUUCAUGAACUUCUUAACCAGAACUAUACUGACCGUGGCAAUCGUCGCCAUGACCAAUCCAUUGGCGAAUCCAGACAAAAGUAUACCAACCUACGAAUGGAACGACAAGAGCCUGGUGGCGGCCGCCUUCCUCUGGGGCUACUUGGCGCCCCAAUUCCUGGCCGGGUACAUAUCGGACCGCUACGGCGCCAAGUGGUUCCUCGUCGCCACCUCCUCCAUAUCCGCCUGCUGCGGCCUUCUGAUCCCCACCGCCGCCGCCACCUUGGGUUCCAAGGGCGUGAUGUUGUGCAGGCUGCUGCAGGGCCUGACGCAGGGCUUCCUGUACCCCUGCACCUCGUCCCUGCUGGGCAAAUGGAUACCCACUAGCGAGAGGAGCCGAAUAGGAACGCUCGUGUUUAGCGGCGCGCCGGUGGGAAUGGCCGCCUCGAUUCUGUUGACCGGUUACAUAUCGGCUUCUUCGUACGGAUGGCCUUAUGCUUAUUAUAUAUUCAGCUCGGCGCAUUUGAUUUCGCUGGGGUUUUACGCUUAUAUAGGGUGUAGUGAUCCUUCUCUGCAUUCCACCAUCAGCGAGGAGGAACGAAAUUAUAUUGUAGCGAAUUUGGAUUUGGAAAAGAAUAGGCACGAAUUGGGAAUACCGUUCAAAAGUAUCUUCACUUCGAUACAUUUCUAUGCUUUAAUGAGUGUUAAUGUGGCAUUCAAUUACACGCAUUGGACUUUUAUUACGGAAACCGCCAUUUAUUUGGAUAAGUUCAUGAAUUUCGAUUUGAAAUCUAAUAGUUUGUUAACUGCUCUUCCGUACAUCCUUGAGGUUCUUGUGGGAUUGGUCGCCUCAUUUGUUGCGGAUUUUCUCCUAUCCAGGAAAAUUUUAAGGCAAACGAACAUCCGAAAGAUCAUGAAUAAUUUCGGUCUUGUUAUCCCGGCUAUAUCGCUAUAUUUCUUGGGCAAAAUCGAGGCGACGGACGCCAAAAUCGCCGUGCUGCUGAUAAUAUUAGUGUCGGGCAGCCAGGGCUCCGGAAAAUCCGGCCACGUCGCCAAUAGCAUGGACCUAGCGCCGAAUUUCUCUGGCAUUUUAAUGGGCAUCUCUAAUGGAACGUCCAACAUUUUCGCCGCAAUAGCCCCAGUCAUAGCCCAAUUUCUCAUCACCGACGAAACUAAUCAGGAUCAAUGGAGGAUAUUGUUCUACAUCCCCAUGUGCGCUAAUGUGGUCGCCAUGAUUGUUAAUACUCUAUUUACUUCUGGUGAGAAGCAACCGUGGAGUCAAGGGAUUAGACCGAAGAGUAAUCCUAAUAAAUGAUUAUAUUAUUAUAAAAAUUUUAUUCGUCACAAAUAUUCUAUGGAAAUGUUAAAUGUAGUUAAAUUAUUAAGCGUUGUUGGUAUAUACUUCUGCAAGGCGAAAUUAUUAUUACUUAUAAAUUGAAGGAGAAAAAAAGUAAUAAAAUAUUUUCAAGUAAUAAUACAUUUUCAUCAAACCUUUAUACUUCUUGCCUCAAGGUAAAAAUGUUAAUUAAACCUCCUAAAAAUUUUUAAAAUUCUUAAAAAAUUGAGCCCUAUUACAGAGUAUGUACAGAUCCAAUGAAAAUUUUGAAUUUUCCGGGCUGGAAAACUUCACCUGAGCCAGUGAAUUAAACUAUUAACGAAAAAACAACAACAUAAUACGAGUUGGAAAUAUAUUUUUAGGCGUAAAGGUUUUUUAAAACAUCAUUAAAAUCUCCCAAAUGUUCGGCUAUAUAAUCAGGUUUGUAGUGGUCCGGGUACUGCCAGCGGUCCAGACUUUCCAGCUUGUCCGUGCCGCUGAGCACCAGGAGUUUCUGGAAACCCGCCUUAGAGGCGGUCACUAGAUCCGUUUCAAUCCUGAAAAAAAUAUAUUAUA